UAAAUGGGUAAAUAAUUGUAACCUUAACAUUGCGAGUUGCUUUAGAGAAAAGCGUCAGCUAACUGUAAAAUUUCUUCUCAGCACAAUAUGCCUCACUGAACUGCUUUUAAUGUUUUUAUUCAAUGCCAUAAAUGCUAUAGACACUCAUAAAACAAAUAACCCAUAGAAUUCCGAGCAACUGCUUCAACAAGGAUGUUUCCUCCUAGCUUGAUAAAAUGCUUUAAUAUGUACUGUUACACACAUGCAUGGCUCUUUUUGAACUACUCCCAUUUUUCCUAAAUUGCUGAUCGAAAAGAAAAGGUGCAAUGCUUUUGACACCCAGCAGCAUUCACCAUGAUCAUGUAUUAGUAUUAUUAUUAUUAUUAUUAUUGCUGUUUUACUUUAUGGUACAAGUGGGGGUGUGGCUCCUAUCGAAACAAUAGCUGCUGUCACAGAUGACACCGAUCUCCACCCUUCCACAAGGUUACACACACGAUGUCUGUUCAGUUCCCGCUGCGAGCUGCCAUCAUCCGUCAUGAUUGUACUUUGCACUUUUUUCUACUGUGCGGUUUUUCUUUUUUUUUGUGCACCGUACUGUACUGUCCACCUGUCAUGCAGUCCACUGAAUGCAGCGAGCAGCGCUCUCGGAUACACAUUUGACAGCGACACCGGUGCGGCAUGAAUAUUCGGCAGCCGGAGGAUGAAUCCAGUCCGACGAUCACCGACUGAGGACUUGAAAGAAGCGGAGAGCCGACGCCGCGGCACAUGGAAACGCGCUCGUGACGUGGAUCCAGCGAUGUCUAUUUCUGACGCCACUUUGUAUCGAUUAGAGCGCCGAGAGCGUCAUUUCGCGGCAUCUCUUGCGUGAGCGCGCGGGAGACGCUCGCGGGACAGCCGUAGGCAGCGCGAGUCGCUGUCCAUGGUGCUGGAACGCGUCGCGCCGUGCGCCAGGAGGAAGCGACGCGGGGGGGUGCACGCGCUGGACAGCACCUCCGUUACCCCCACCCCCACCCCCACCACCCCUCUCCCGGGGCGAUCAGAGGUGCCCUCGCACCCGGGUCUCACUAUGCUGCGCGACGCCGCCCUAGGAUCUCGUUUGCUUCGCAGCUGCUCGUGAGAAGGCAGCAGGGUGGGUCGCGCGCGCGGGCGGGCGGACAUGCUGGCCAACAACUCGGAGAAGCUCCUGAGUUUGGCGGACAGCCUCGAUCUGACGAACUCGUCCGGGAACGAAACGCACGGCGAGUCUCAGGGCGGCGCGAUCCUCAUUUCCUUCAUCUACUCCGUGGUUUGCCUCGUGGGGCUCUGCGGGAACUCCAUGGUCAUCUAUGUCAUCUUCAGGUACGCGAAGAUGAAGACCGCGACCAACAUCUACAUCUUAAAUCUGGCCAUCGCCGACGAGCUGCUGAUGCUCAGCGUACCCUUCCUGGUGACCUCGUCCCUGCUUCAUCACUGGCCCUUUGGCUCCCUUCUGUGCCGGCUUGUCCUCAGCGUGGACGCCAUCAAUAUGUUUACCAGCAUCUACUGCCUCACCGUGCUCAGCGUGGACCGCUACAUCGCCGUGGUGCACCCCAUCAAGGCUGCCAGGUACCGGAGACCCACCAUAGCUAAGAUGGUCAACUUGGGCGUUUGGAUCUUCUCCAUCCUCGUCAUUCUGCCCAUUGUGAUAUUUUCAACGACCGCCCCGAACUCGGACGGCUCGGUGGCGUGCAACAUGCAGAUGCCGGAGCCGGUGCGCCGCUGGAUGGCCGUGUUCGUCAUCUACGCCUUCCUCAUGGGCUUCUUGUUCCCCGUGAUCGCCAUCUGCAUGUGCUACAUCCUCAUCAUCGUCAAGAUGCGAGUGGUGGCGCUCAAGGCGGGCUGGCAGCAGCGCAAACGCUCCGAGCGCAAGAUCACCCUCAUGGUGAUGAUGGUGGUGACCGUCUUCGUCAUCUGCUGGAUGCCCUUCCACGUCGUGCAGCUCGUCAACGUGUUCGUGGAGUCGCACGACGCCACGCUCAGCCAGCUCGCGGUCAUCCUGGGCUACGCCAACAGCUGCGCCAACCCCAUCCUCUACGGGUUCCUGUCGGACAACUUCAGGCGCUCCUUCCAGAGGAUCCUGUGCCUCCGCUGGAUGGACAAUGCCACGGAGGAGCCCAUCGAUUACUACGCCACGGCGCUCAAGAGUCGCGGCUUCAGCGUCGACGAGUUCCCGGCGGAGCGCGCGGAGUCGGACGCCGCCGCCGGCGCGUACCGGAACGGCACGUGCGCCUCCAGGACCACCACGCUGUAGCCUAGGGGGUGCGCGACACGAGCGAGGGUUAGCGCCCGCGCCCGCGCCCGCGUCCACAAAAAAGCAUGUCGCCGUCGUCCCCGCGCUGAAACACUUUGUAACAAGUUUGUUUUCCGUGCCUCCGUCCGUCCCACGAUCCAGUGAUUAA